CAAUCUAUGAUGUCACAUCCGAGUUUUUGAAAACACACAUCUCCGACGACCGUUAUGGGCUGCUCACCGUCAAAGCUCGACGGUUUACCAGCCGUAGCUCUAUGCCGCGACCGCUGCAACUCACUUGAGGAGACUCUCCGCCGCAGCUACGCACUAGCCGACGCUCACUCCUCUUAUCUCCUCUCUCUAAACACACUCGGUCCAUCUCUCCACAGAUUCUUCGAUCAAGCCGUCGAGUCUCCGCCUGAUGUCGACUCCGAAGCCGACACAUCUUCGCCGGAAUCAUCUUCUCCGGCUCACUCCGUGAGCACCAGUUUGGAUUCCGAUUUGCCUCCAAAAUUCGAUUCCGACUGCGAGGAAGAUGGAAUCAAAGGAACGGACUGUCAUCUCUUUAGCAAUCUGAAUCAUGAACCGUUCCGGAAUUACGAAUCCGGCGUUAACACGCCGCCGCCUCCGCCUCCUCCUCCUCCGAGUAACAACGCUUGGGAUUUUAUCAACUUCUUCGAGAGCUAUGAGAUUCCGUACAAUACGAAUCUUAAGGAUUUGAAGGAUACGUCAACGAAGACUCAGAAAGUGAAGAUUGGAACAGAGGAAGAGAAGUGUGUCCUAAAAACCUCAGAGAAGAAGAAAAAGAAAAAGCUUAAACCGGAGAUAACCAGAGAACCAAAGGAACAGAAAGUUUCGUCGGAUUUCUCUGACGUCACAAAGCAGUUACAGGAGAUGUUCAAGAAAGCUUCAGAAGCAGGGAGUGAUGUUACGAAGAUGUUCGACACUUCCAGAUUCAGAUAUCACCAGAAAACAUCAGUUUAUCAAGCUUCUUCAAACGUUCUUUACGCAAAGAAGAUGCCUCCAGUGGAAGAUUUUGGAUCUAGUUUCAGUAAUCUUUCAUCUACUCUUAAGAAACUUUUCAUGUGGGAGAAGAAACUGUACCAAGAAGUAAAGGCAGAGGAGAAACUCCGCACAUCUCACAUGAAGAGAUGCAAAGAAUUGAGAAGAUUGGAAGGGAAAAGUACAGAUCUAAGCAAAAUCGAAACCCUUCGUUCUUCGAUUCAUUGUUUGUCUACAAGAAUAACAGUCUCUAUCCAAAUGAUAGACAACAUAUGUCUUAUGAUAAACAAGUUACGCGAUGAAGAACUCUGGUCACAAGUGAAAGAAUUGAUCCACAGGUUGUCUGAGAUGUGGAGCUCUAUGCUAGAAUGUCACAGUAAACAAUACCAAGUAAUCUCAGAGGCUAAGAAGCUUGAUAAGAUGACACUAAAGGAAAAUCUAGACAUAUCUCAGCUUGAGCUUGCCAUGGAAAUGAAACUGGAGCUGAGGAACUGGAGCCAAAGCUUAUCUAACUGGAUAGAUGCUCAGGAUCAAUAUGUUAAGGCUUUGAACAGUUGGCUAAUGAGAUGUUUGAAGCAAGAGCCUCAAGAACCAACACCAGAUCUCUCCGAAGAGCCACCAUUGUUUGGAGCUGUGAACAGUUGGUCACAGUCCCUUGGGAGAUCAGAUGGAGAAAAGGAGUUUAUGGAAGCGGUUUACGCGCUCUUGAUGCAGGUAAGCCGUCAAGUGGAGAAACGGAGGAUGGAAUUGGAAGAGCAGAGGAAGGUUAAUGGAGGGGAUAAGGAAAUAGAGAGGAAACUUGUGAUGUUAGAGAAGGAAGAGCAGAAGAUGCAGAGGAAGAUGAAGACAGUAACAUCUGCUGAAUUUGUGGGGAGUUUAGAUAUGAAGUCUAACAUGGAACAGAUUUUCAAAUGUAUGGAAAAACUGUCUACAAACUUGAAGCAGAGUUAUGAGGAACUUGACUUGGUGUGCACGUAAUGUUCUGUUCUGUGUUUUAGUUCUUAUGAAUUACUCUAUUUGUUGUUCAUUUGUCAUCUUAUUUUUGUAGAGUUUUAAAUUUACUUAAAUCAUUAUUUUUGGAUAAUUUAUGCCUAUGCCUUUUAUGAAUUUUGAUAGUACCAUCAUUUCC